CAUCCGCCCUUAGGUUGAUUUGGUUUAACACUAUUUUCAAUUGUAACUUUUUAAUAGGCAAUAAAAUCUGUAGAAUGAGAAAUACCUUUGUUGUAGCACGAUAAAAAACCGCCAAUGAUAGAUAAUUUCACUAGAUUUGCUACCAGUCUUGGCAUAAAACAAAUUACCCAUUAGCAAUCAACAUAGAGCCCUUUAACUUCGGUUAUAAAUCCCACUCAUGUUUUCAACCGAACACAGUUUUGCGCAGUCGGUUACACAGUCAGUGCGGAUCCAGCCUGCAACUGUACCACGUGAAAUGAAGACGUUCUUGAGUAUCCUGAUUGUUUUGCUCGUACAGGGCACUGCAGAAGAACUAAAGCUUGCCUACCAGUGGACUCAACUGUCUGCUCCCAUAUUAGAUAAUAAUGUAUCAACUUCUAACCAGAUGGUUCAGCGGCCGGCUGAGAGCUUCAAUGCAUACGGAAAUGUCCCGAUGGGUCUAAGCCAUCACAAGGGACGUUUGUUUGUGACUUUUCCAAGAAGAAACCCGGGUAUUCCAGCAACCCUAACAGUUAUCAAUAUGCUCCAAUUUCAAGGCGUCAAUAACCCACCGGUUUCCGCUUAUCCUGAUGGAAUAACAAAUACACUGCAAUUGAACUACACAGCGGAUCCGAUGCGGAUUGUUUCCGUCUAUCGUACCAAAGUGGACAAAUGUGACCGAUUGUGGUUCGUAGACACCGGCUAUCUGGAAUAUCCCAACAACGAACGACAGGUUCAACGGCCUGCCCUGUGGAUCAUAGACUUAAGGGAUGACCGUGUACUUCAACGAUUUGAAAUUCCUACCAGCAUUGUCGAACGUGGGUUCGGAAUGGUCAGCAUAACAGUUGAUGUAGAAGCGGACAGAUGUGAUCAAGCUUACGCGUACAUAUCCGAUUACCAAUGGCAAGGACUAUACGUAUACAGCUUGGCCACUAACAGGAUGUGGCGUUUCAGUCACAUUUUUUUCUCUUUCGAACCCCGAAACGGGCGUUUCAAUCUCGGUGGUUUACGAUUUGUUUGGAACGAUGGACUGUUCUCGAUUGCCAUUGGCGAACGCAUCCGCAACAGUGCAAAUCGAAUGGUGUAUCUCCAUGCGAUGGCUGCAACAAGCGAAAUCGCAGUUUCCAAUAGUGUAUUAAACAAUGAAACUUUGUCUCGCUCAGCAACCGAUUUUAACGGACUAUUUCUCCACCUGGGUUCACGAGGUCCCAACACGCACAGUGCUAAUCACGCGUACGAUGAGCGAACUGGUGUCCUGUUCUACACAGAGGUCAAUCGGAACUCGAUCGGAUGCUGGAACAGCGCCCUCGAUUUUAACGCAGAUAAUCAUGGGCUGGUACAUAUGGACAAUGAAAAAAUGAUUUACCCAUCGGAUUUAACGAUCGACAACGAUGGCGUCAUGUGGGUUAUGUCUAACAGAUUCCCCUUGUGGCUCUACUACAGGCUAAAUGUAACCGAUUUCAACUUCCGAAUCUGGCGCCAAACGGGAAUCAAUGCGAUCAAGGGCACGAUUUGCGUUUGAUCAUUGAUUGUUUUUUGUCAAAGUCAAAUUUUUGUUUCUAUGUAAACAAUGUAAUCUAUGUAAACAAAACUUCAACUUUUCUACACCCAUUAAUAAAAGAUUAGCUAAUAUUUGAUUUAAUCAACUAAACGCACAUAUUGUUGACAUUAACAAAAAUAUUUUAAUAUAAGUUUCGUUCGAAUGUUUUAAGUGCUGUCAUCUAUAGUUUGACUAAAUAAAGUUGAUAACUGGUGAUUUGGUUAGUGAA